GAUAUGGACAUCGGUCGGUUGGCGGCUAAUGUCCACUCUCCUUUCCAAGCAGACACCGGUGCACUAAAAUGGGACCCAACAACAAGGCUCUGAAACACAAACUGUCACAUGACACAGAAAGGGAGUUUGGAGGAACUCUGGGUGCCGUAUGCAUUCCCAUUUUUCUUCCGUUGACCGUGCUGUUCCUUAUCUGCGUGAGUCAAUCUCCUGAGGCCAGUGUGCUGCAGUGGCCCCCUCAGCUUCCCUCCACAAAUCAGCUCUGGGAUCCUCUGGCCCCUGUGGUUCUGUUGGGAUGGAUUGGACUCCAUGCCCUGCUUUAUUUGAUGCCAUUUGGAAAGGUAUCUGAAGGAUUAAUGCUGAGGGAUGGAACGCGCCUAAAGUAUCCCAUAAAUGGUUUUAACAGUUUGUGCAUCAGUGCUGUGUUGCUGAUGCUGUUACUCGGGCUCGCGGCUCCACUCGGGUAUCUGUUCGAGCUGCUCGUGCCCUUGGCGGUGUCUGCCAUAGCAGUGUCGUUCCUGCUCUCCAUCUAUCUCUACUUCCGCUCGUUUUGGGCCCCUUCCCAUGCUUUGGCUCUCGGGGGGAACACAGGAAAUCCUUUGUACGACUUCUUCAUUGGACGGGAGCUGAACCCUCGGAUUGGAAACUUUGAUCUAAAAUACUUCUGUGAGCUCAGACCAGGUCUGAUUGGCUGGGUGGUCAUAAACCUCGGGAUGCUGAUGCAGGAGGUGGAGCUUCGAGGAUCCCCCUCCCUCGCUAUGAUCCUGGUCAACAGUUUCCAGGUGCUUUAUGUAGCCGAUGCUCUGUGGAAUGAGGAGGCUGUCCUGACCACUAUGGAUAUUGUCCAUGAUGGUUUUGGCUUCAUGUUGGUCUUCGGUGACUUGGCCUGGGUCCCCUUCACGUACAGCCUGCAGACAUCCUUCCUGGUGAAGCACCCACAGAGCCUGAGUUUGUUCAAGGCUGCACUUAUAGUAACUCUGAAUGGUGUGGGAUAUUACGUUUUCAGAAAGUCCAACUCACAGAAGAACCAGUUCAGACGAGAUCCAACUCAUCCGAGUGUUGCAGGCCUGGAGACUAUUGCCACAGCGACGGGGAAGCGGCUGCUCGUGUCAGGCUGGUGGGGUCUCGUUCGUCAUCCCAAUUACCUCGGUGACCUCCUUAUGGCGCUGGCGUGGUCCCUGCCAUGUGGAUUUUCACAUAUUUUGCCAUACUUCUAUGUCAUUUACUUCACCGUCCUGCUGAUUCACCGAGAGGCCCGGGAUGAGAGACAGUGCCGGGCCAAAUAUGGACUUGCCUGGGACACCUACUGUCGUCGUGUCCCCUACAGGAUCGUCCCGUACAUUUACUGAAAAGGA